UAACUCGAUGUUACCGUAACAGCUGUUGCUGCUGUAAGUUUGGGAAGGCCGAUGAAAUAUUUGAAAUAGAUAAGGGCAUCGUUUGAUCAUGGAAGUUGUAUUCUCGCGCUAUUUGGAAGCACACAGUAUUAUCAAAGGUCAUCAACCGAGCGGUCAGCCAACAGGCCAUCGAUAGCGCCGCCCUAAAAGCCAGCAUUUGCAAACACGUGCGUUCCUGCGGAGGCUGACGGAAUUCCCACAGUGUUUACGUAAACCUUUGAAACCCCGCCAUGGAGGAGGUGGAGAUCGCGCCGGGAGAUAAAUCCAACCCCGUAAAGUCCUUCAUAGCAGGGGGAGUGGGUGGUAUGUGCAAUGUCCUUGUCGGCUAUCCCUUGGACACAAUAAAGGUUCGCCUUCAAACCAUGCCCACUCCCCACCCCGGACAACCACCGCGCUACAAGGGAGUAAUGGACUGUACCGCCAGAAUCUUUCGGCAAGAGGGUUUCCGCGGAUUCUACAGAGGAAUUUCGGCUCCCCUGUUGGGGGUGACUCCCAUCUACGCCGUGGACUUUGCCGUGUAUGCGGCGGGCAAAAGAUUGUUCCAAACUGACGACCACAUCAAGCUCACCUACCCGCAGAUCUUCGUCGCGGGCGCCUUGGCCGGAGUUUGUUCCGCCCUCGUCACUGUGCCCAGCGAUCGCAUAAAGGUCCUGCUUCAAACACAAACCGUGUCCAGUGGCCCACUAGUCUAUAAUGGCACCAUGGACACGGCUGCCAAGCUUUAUAGGCAGGGUGGCAUCAGAAGCCUAUUCAAGGGAACCUGUGCCUGCAUUCUGAGAGACUCGCCCACCGGUUUUUAUUUUGUAACCUAUGAGUUCCUGCAGGAAUUGGCCAGAAAGAAGUCCAAGACUGGACAGAUCAGCACCACAUCAACGAUUCUGUCCGGCGGAACUGCCGGUAUAGUGUUUUGGACUUUGGCCGUGCCCUUCGAUGUACUGAAAAGCCGUCUACAGUCAGCGCCUGAAGGCACUUACAAGCAUGGCAUUCGAAGCGUUUUUAGAGACCUUAUGGCCACAGAAGGGCCCAGAGCUCUUUUCCGCGGAAUUCUCCCAGUUCUACUACGUGCCUUUCCCUCUACAGCCGCAGUUUUCUUCGGCGUCGAGCUGACCAAUGAUUUGUUGAAGGCUUAGUCUCAGUAGUCCUAAGGAUUUGUAUUUCAGAGAGGCUGUUUAUUAUAUCAAAUAUUGUUAUAAAAGUGAUUAACUUUAUUUUAAUUGAGCACGAACGCGAAAUAGUUUGGAAUAAAUAAAAAAAAAAACAAGAAAGGAAAAAAAAUCCC